CAAAAAUGUCUGGUUUGUUGUGGAGAUUUUUCAUUUUGUUGGCGCUCAGUGCAUCUGAAUUUGCUUUCGGAUCAGAAGAGUCCGAGGAAGAACUACCCGUAACUGUUACAGUUGAAGUACCUGAUGAACCGAACUUUGAUCCCGAUUCCCCGCCUCCUGGGGAGUCAACUAGCUCCGUGAAAGAAAGCCGUAGGAGCGUCAAAUUACGAGGACGCCAAAAGAGUUUCAUUCGAAACCCAAACUACGUCAGCGCUAACAAAUACUUUGACAAGAUUUUUCAAAACGAGCAUAUAAAGGACAUGUAUGGUGAGCUUCCACCGCCGCAUCCGGGAUUCGAAGGAGAACCCAUUACCGACGAACCUAUCGAGGUUCCCGAAUCCUAGAGCUUUUCCUGUUGGCACUACACAUUAAAGACCCGAAUUGUAAACAACGCCAGACCAGCAGAUUCCCAAUGCAAAUAAUAACAGAUCACAAUAAAUUGAAUUAGCGUAAA